AUGGCCGACAACCCUAAUGCCAACCGGUUCUACCUCAACCUCAACAACGACCGUCCUGCCUACCCCGAUCGAGCCCAAUACCCAACGACCCCUUCGACCUUCCCAAACCCCAUAUUUCCUUCUCAAUCUCAAGGGGCCCAGCAGGGACAAGUCCAGCCUGCGCAGAAUCAGCAACAACAACAACAGCAGCAGCAGGCAUAUGGGUCUGGCUUUGCACCCUCCGGCUACUUCAUGAACAACCCAUACCCUCCCAACUACCCUCAACAGCCACCUGGGUCUGCGGGAGGCUAUCAGCAGUCACCACAAGCUCCUCAGCCUUCGUACCAGCAACGCCCAGCUCCACCGGCAGAUGCUACCAAUGGACUGGUCCAUCAAUUCUCUCACCAGAAUCUCGGUGGUGGUGGUGGCGGCCGAGCCACUCCGUAUGGGAGUCGUCAACCUACCCAAGGCCAGCGACCGCGUACGGCUGGAGCAAGUGGACAAUCCGCUGCCUACAGCAGCUACAUGAACGCCCCCAUGCCUACCGCCCCGCAACAAACCUGGCCUGAGUUCCAGCCAGCUCCUGAGAGAAACCCGGACAGAUACGGACCGUUGGCUCAGACAAACCAAAAGAAGUGUAGCUCUCUUGCAGAAGCCUUCUUCAAGGACAGCGUCAAGAGGGCUCGAGAUCGCAAUGUUAGACAAAGCGAGACGGAACAGCGUAUGAUUGAUCCCAACCAGUCUAACUCCCGACGAGAACAAACCUGGUCCAAUGCCGGGAAGCAAGAAGGUAAAUAUCUACGAUUUCUGCGAACCAGAGACUCUCCAGACAACUACCAAACUCUCAAGAUCAUUGGUAAGGGUGCUUUUGGUGAGGUGAAACUCGUCCAGAAGAAGCAAGAUGGCAAAGUCUACGCCAUGAAAUCGCUUAUCAAGAGUGAAAUGUUCAAGAAAGAUCAGCUGGCUCACGUUCGCGCUGAGCGUGAUAUUCUUGCCGAGUCCGACAGUCCUUGGGUUGUCAAGCUUUACACCACUUUCCAAGAUUACGAUUUCUUGUACAUGUUGAUGGAGUUCUUGCCAGGUGGUGAUCUGAUGACCAUGUUGAUCAAGUAUGAAAUCUUCUCCGAGGAUAUCACUCGAUUCUACAUCGCCGAGAUUGUUCUGGCUAUUGAGGCAGUCCAUAAGUAUGGCUUUAUCCAUCGCAAGAAAGACCUAAUUGGCCACCAUAGUGAUAUCAAACCCGACAACAUUCUGCUGGACCGUGGUGGACAUGUAAAACUCACCGAUUUUGGCCUGUCAACUGGUUUCCACAAGCUCCAUGACAACUCUUACUACCAGCAGCUUCUCCAAGGAAAGUCCAACCGACCAGCCAACCGAAAUUCGGUAAACUUGGACCAGAUCAACUUGACAGUCAGCAACAGAGGCGCUAUUAACGACUGGAGAAAGUCUCGCAGAGUUAUGGCUUACUCAACUGUCGGUACUCCUGAUUACAUUGCACCUGAAAUUUUCAGUGGCCAUGGAUAUGCUCAGGACUGUGAUUGGUGGAGUUUGGGCACGAUCAUGUUUGAAUGUCAAGUCGGAUGGCCACCGUUCUGCGCUGACGACGCACACGACACUUACCGCAAGAUUGUGAACUGGCGGCAGUCUCUUUACUUCCCAGAGGAUGUCCAACUGGGGCCUGAGGCGGAGAACUUGAUUCGAAGCCUUGUUUGCAACACAGAAAACCGUCUUGGAAGAAGUGGUGCCGAUGAAAUCAAGUCGCAUAAAUUCUUCCGCGGGGUCGACUUCGAUAGUUUGCGCCGGAUUCGUGCACCUUUUGAGCCCAAGCUUGCCUCGAACGUUGAUACCACCUACUUCCCGACUGAUGAGAUUGAUCAGACCGACAAUGCUACUCACUUGAAGCAAGCUGCGGCGCAUAAUGGACCACGUGUCGAAGCCCCCGAGAUGAGCUUGCCAUUUAUUGGAUAUACAUUCAAGAGAUUCGACAAUUUCAAUAACAAUCGUUAG